AUGUUAGAAAACAAACUAGUAAAUAUGAAUUGCAUCAAAAAAUAUACUUUGAGCAAUUUUAAUUUAAUUUUGAAAAAAAAUUUUGCCAGUGAUAAUUUAAGGUCAUUAUCACUUCGCAUGAAAUCAAUUAAAUCUAUUCAAAAAAUUACUAAAGCUAUGAAGAUGGUUGCUGCAUCUAAGUUUAAAGGUGAUCAAAAGAGGUUAGAAAAUUGUUCACAUUUCUCUACACCCUUAACCGACUUAUUUAAUAGAUUGAAUCAGCUAGAAAUUCAUAAAAAAAAUGAAGAUUUAGCUAUAAUAGCUAUUUCAUCGGAUAAAGGAUUAUGUGGAAGUGUAAAUUCAUCAGUUUCAAGAAUAUGUAAAAAACUUUUAGAAAGAGAAAAUAUAGAUAAUGAAACUGUAAAUAAUAUUACACCAAAUAAAAUAUACAUAUAUGGAAUAGGAGAAAAAAUAAGAUCAGCCUUAAGUAGACUACAUAAAGAUAAGUUUGAAGCUAUUUAUAAUGAAUAUAAUAAAAUUCCCAUAAAUUUUGUUACUUGUUCAUAUAUAGCUGAACGAAUAAUGAAUAAAAAUCACAGUAAUUUAUUAAUUAUUUAUAAUAACUUUAAAUCAGCUAUAUCAUUUGAUACUAAAAUCUUAAGUAUUUUUUCUCAAAAACAAUUAAACAAGAUGAAUAAAAGAGAACUAGCUACUUUUGAGUUUGAACCAGAAUUAGAUUAUAUUUUUAAAGAUAUAUAUGAAUUUUACUUUACUUCUUUGUUGUAUAAUUGUAUAAUUCAAAACUUAGCAGCUGAACAAUCUGCAAGAAUGACAGCAAUGGAUAAUGCUUCUUCAAAUGCUACGGAAAUGCUAAAUUCAUUAUCUUUAAAAUAUAAUAGAGCUAGACAAUCAAAAAUCACUUUAGAACUUAUUGAAAUUAUAUCUGGUGCUAAUGCCUUAUAA